AUUUAAAUUAAUUAUGGAUUAAUAAACAGAGUAAGACAAACUUGAAUCGAUAGCUACUCCAGGAGUGUUGGAUAAAUAUUAAAACGCUGGUAAGAUCGCAAAUGGUAAAUUUUUAAAUUGAUUAUUAAAUAGUUGUACUUGAAAAAGUGAUCACUAAAUUAAAGCCAGAAGCUGAUAUUGCUUCUAUUUGUGCUUUCGGUGACUCAGAAAUCAAUGGAGAACUACAAAAGGUGUAUAACAAGAAAGGAAUUGAAAAAGGCUUAGCAUUCCCAACAACGAUUUCUGUAAAUUAAAUUUGCGGUCAUUAUUCUCCAUUAAAGAGUGAAUCCAGCUAGCUUGCCAAGGGUGAUGUGGCCAAAAUGUAAAUGUUAAUAAUAAUGUCAUAGUGAAUUGGGAGUUCAUAUUGACGGAUAUAUUGCCAUUGCAGCACACACAGUUGUCGUAGGUGAAGAUUAGGUGGAAGGCUAAAAGGCAGAUGUCAUAUUGGCAGCCUAUGAAUCAGUCUAAGCUUUAUUCAGAUCAAUAAAGCCAGGAGUCACUAAUACAGCUUUGACUAAAAUUAUCUAAUAAAUAGCAGAUGAUCACAAAGUCUCACCAUUAGAAGGUGUUUUGAGUCACGAGGUUAAGAGACACUUCAUUGAUGGAAACAAAGUCAUAAUCAAUAGAGAAACACAAGAAUAAAGAGUCGAUGAGGAAGAAAUCCAAGUCAACGAUGUUUUUGUAUUAGAUGUAUAUAUCACAACAGGGGAUGGAAAGACCAAAGAAGUAUUUACUCAUUUCAUUAUUUUUAGUCUGACGUAAGAACCACAGUUUACAAAAGAGCUUUGGAUAGACAAUAUCAAUUGAAGACUAAACAUGGAAGAGCAUUCAUGUAGGAAGUUUACGACAAAUACCCAUCUUUAUGCUUCUCAUUGAGAGCAUUUGAAGAUGAAAUCACAGCUAAGUUAGCUGUCUAAGAAUGUGCUAAACACGAGUUAUUAAAUCCAUAUCCAGUCUUAAUCAGUCCAAAUAGCUUUGUAGCAUAAUUCACAAUAACUGUUGCUGUCUUGGCCAACAGCACUCUUUAAGUUUCUGGACUCAAAUUAGAUGAAACCAAAUUCAAACCUGCUCAUGAUCUUAAUGAUCCAGCACUUAAGGAAUUAUUGAAAGUAUAUAAUGCGGUUUCUAAUAUUUUAGUUACCUAUGGACAAGGAAUCACAAAAAAAAAGACAAUUAGAGUAAAAACAAAAAGCUUGAUGAUAUAUAUAUCAAUAGUAACAAUAGGU